AUGUCUGCACCUGUUCAAAGUAAUGGCGAAGUCCCCACUUUCAAGCUAGUGCUUGUUGGUGAUGGUGGUACCGGUAAGACCACUUUUGUGAAGAGACAUUUGACUGGUGAAUUCGAAAAGAAAUACAUCGCCACUAUCGGUGUUGAGGUCCAUCCUUUAUCCUUUUACACUAAUUUCGGUGAGAUCAAAUUCGACGUCUGGGAUACCGCAGGCCAGGAGAAGUUCGGUGGAUUAAGGGAUGGCUAUUACAUCAACGCUCAAUGUGCCAUUAUCAUGUUCGAUGUGACUUCUAGAAUUACCUACAAGAAUGUUCCCAACUGGCAUAGAGACUUGGUCCGUGUGUGCGAAAAUAUCCCGAUAGUGUUAUGUGGUAACAAAGUCGAUGUUAAAGAAAGAAAGGUCAAGGCCAAGACCAUAACUUUCCACAGAAAAAAGAACUUGCAAUACUACGAUAUUUCUGCAAAAUCCAACUACAAUUUUGAGAAACCGUUCUUAUGGCUGGCUAGAAAACUGGCUGGUAACCCACAAUUGGAGUUUGUUGCCUCGCCUGCUUUGGCUCCACCGGAAGUCCAAGUCGACGAGCAAUUGAUGCACCAAUACCAGCAAGAAAUGGACCAAGCCACUGCCUUGCCAUUGCCUGAUGAAGACGACGCUGAUUUAUAA